AUGGGGCAGGCAGGGAGAGGUAUGGGGCAGGCAGGGAGAGGUAUGGGGCAGGCAGGGAGAGGUAUGGGGCAGGCAGGGAGAGGUAUGGGGCAGGCAGGGAGAGGUAUGGGGCAGGCAGGGAGAGGUAUGGGGCAGGCAGCGAGAGGUAUGGGGCAGGCAGCGAGAGGUAUGGGGCAGGCAGGGAGAGGUAUGGGGCAGGCAGGGAGAGGUAUGGGGCAGGCAGGGAGAGGUAUGGAGCAGGCAGGGAGAGGUAUGGGGCAGGCAGGGAGAGGUAUGGGGCAGGCAGGGAGAGGUAUGGGGCAGGCAGGGAGAGGUAUGGGGCAGGCAAGGAGAGGUAUGGGGCAGGCAGGGAGAGGUAUGGGGCAGGCAGGGAGAGGUAUGGGGCAGGCAGGGAGAGGUAUGGGGCAGGCAGGGAGAGGUAUGGGGCAGGCAGCGAGAGGUAUGGGGCAGGCAGCGAGAGGUAUGGGGCAGGCAGGGAGAGGUAUGGGGCAGGCAGGGAGAGGUAUGGGGCAGGCAGGGAGAGGUAUGGAGCAGGCAGGGAGAGGUAUGGGGCAGGCAGGGAGAGGUAUGGGGCAGGCAGGGAGAGGUAUGGGGCAGGCAGGGAGAGGUAUGGGGCAGGCAGGGAGAGGUAUGGGGCAGGCAGGGAGAGGUAUGGGGCAGGCAGGGAGAGGUAUGGGGCAGGCAGGGAGAGGUAUGGGGCAGGCAGGGAGAGGUAUGGGGCAGGCAGGGAGAGGUAUGGGGCAGGCAGGGAGGUAUGAGGCAGGAACGGAGCCGCGUCAUCUCAACGGUUGCUUGCAGGCCGUGACGGCACAUGCCGCUGCGCGAUGGCAUCUGAUGCGCACUCGGCAUGAUGCCGGGGCGCCCUCCGCCGCCACCAUCGCCAUCCCGUAUGCCGCGCGUGCUGGACAUCCGCAAUCCGCAUCUUGCUGUCCGCAUGCUGUGCUGUGUGCCGUGCCGUGCCGUGCCAUGCCAUGCCGUGCCUGCCUGCCCAGCAUCGUGCCGUGCCGUGCCGCACCUGCCUGCCCUGCGCCAUCGCGCCACUGCAACGCCACGGAGGCGCAAGACGGGGCGGCGCCAAUGCCUGGGGGUGUGUAA